GAUCGUAUUAUUCAGUUCUGGUGUUGUCAAAAGUUAGCUAUACUUUUUUGUUAAUUGGUGUUAAGCUUGAAAAUUCAACAGUAAAAGUGCGUUAGAAUAAAUUAAUUAAUGAAAUGAAUGUCUGAACCUACAGUAGGAUGGAAUGAAAGGGUGUCACAAUGGAGAAGUUGUCUAAAAAUCAUUAUUUUCGCGCUUAUAAUAACGGAGAAACCGGCAGCCAUGUUGUGGUUUCAUUCUUGACAAGCAUCAUGGGUUAGUGCAGUGUAGUUGUCGUUUCCUUUCUGAAGAAAAUCGGGUUUUCUUGAAGUUCGAAUAUAUACACCUGAGGUUAAUCAGUGCGGAUUUAUCCAAUAAGUGUUGUAAAACGAUUAUUGGCCUCGUUGACGAUGAUACUGCGCAUUAUUGGCGUCGCGAUUCGUACUAGCGCAGGGAGUCAACUGCCUGGCUAGUGGCUAACGACUACUAGGUUCAGGUUCGAGCAUCCCUAGUUGCGGGAGGUGAAGAAAACCUACGUCGGGACCUUGUGUUAGCGCCCUGGAGUUCGCUCCCGCUCCCGGUAUGGCUUAAAGUGGAAAGUGACAUAUGAAGUGAUUUUAAUUUGGUCUAUCGUGCUAAGUAUGGCCCAGGUUCUGGAAAAAGACCCAGCCACGUAUUCUAAGGAGCGUGAUGGAUUCAUCAGAGACCUCCAACACUUUCACGAUACCAGGGGUACCCCAUUCAAGAAGCUCCCAACCAUCAGUGGAAGGGAAGUCGACCUUUAUCUACUUUACACCCUAGUAACAGCGCAAGGAGGCUGGUUAAAGGUCAAUUCGAAGAAUGCGUGGCCAGAUCUACUUCAGCACUUCAACCUACCGUCGAAGUGUGUCAAUGGAAGCAUCGCCCUGAAACAAAUUUAUUUGAGGUAUUUGGAUCGAUGGGAAAAGGUACACUUUUUAGGAGAAGAGGGCGACCGAGGGAGCGACGACGACGAGGAGGGCCGCCACAAGAGAUGCUCCGCCCGAGCUUUGCACAUGGUGCCGCUGACCUACAAUUACAAUCAACACGUAGUAAACGAGGCCAACCGAGAGUUCAACCACCUAUCCACAAAUCUUUUCAAGCCGACCGACUACGAUCGUCUUGCUCUCUCUCUUAUUUCUCCUCUCCCGAACGAGCAAGACUUUGCCAUCAAUGUUUGUACCUUAUUAUCCAACGAUGGCAAGCAUACAUUGAAAGUAGAGAAGAAUCCCAGGUUGUUGGAUUACUUAUUGGCUCACGCCGGAGUCUUCAACCAUGUGUCGACAAGAAAACUAUUCCUCUACAAUUACAACGUUGUCAGAAAACACCCGAUACACAACUUCUGGGACGAGGUGCUCGACUCCAAGGACAUCUUGGAACUCAUACAAUCGCCGGACGCUGUCGAAAAGAAGGACGCGUCGAAGAAGCAAGACGACGCCCCUUGCACCGCCGCGACGCGCGUACCAGAAAACUGUCGGAUAGAGACUCCUAUGGAAGUCGAUGUAAAUAGAAACGAAAAUGUGAUCACCGUUGACGGUAGUGACGAUGGGGAACUGUUCAAUUUGGACGAUAAAUCGGACCGUAGGAAAUCCAGUGGAAAGAUCAGGAUAGAACCCUCGGAUAGGGAUCUGUUCUGUCUGGAAAGGACGCUCGGCACCCAGGACUACGUAGGUCAGAGGGUGUUGCAGAUCGCGACGAUACUCCGAAACUUGAGUUUCAUCGAAGAUAACGUGCCUAUACUGGCGAAGAACAGGACUUUCGUGCGGUUCAUCCUGUUGUGUUGUUGUUCGAAGUGGAACUAUUUGAAGAAUCUCGGCCUGGACAUGCUCGGUAAUAUUGCGGGCGAAUUCGUGGUCAGGGAACUGAAUCAAGACAAAUUAGCGACUGCCUUGUUGACCAUCAUAACCAGAGGUCUAGAUUCGCAAGAUCGGCUGUGGUGUCUCUCGUCCCUCGAGAUGUUGAACAAACUGAGCCAGAACGAGAAGAACGAAGACGUCAUGUUGAGGUGUUUGGAAACGGCUGUGUACGAAAAAGUUUGCUCCUUCCUCACCAUCCACGACGUGAUGUUGCUCAUUUACACCCUCGAAUGUCUGUAUUCUUUAUCCUCGUUAGGGGAGAGGUCUUGUAACCUGAUCGUGAUGAACCACGGGGUCGUCGACACACUGGUCUCUUUGGUCACGGUCGAAGGGAAAAGCUACGGUCCUAAGGCAUGUAUCGGCAUGAAGUUGGUCGAAACUGUCUCAGGAGUGGUACCUAUGUCGGCGACCUCGGUCAGUACCUCGAAUUCCGCGGCAACUACCAGCGUCGUUCAGACGCCGACGCCGAUUUCGACGCCAGUUUCUACCACCACGAUGCUGACGCCGAAACCUAUAACGACUUUGAACGCGAUGCAAAAGGUGAUCUCUAGUUCGCCGGCGACGAAAAGCAUGCCCGUGCCUAUGCCUCCUAAGAAUAUGCAGCAGAGUACUCCUGUUAGAACUAUACAGAUGGCGCCACAGAGAUUGGUCACUGCUUCUCCUAGUCCUCCAACGGCCACUGCAGUGCCUGUAUCGAUACCAAAUAGCACGUCAUCAGUCAACCAAAAUUCGCAGCCGCUCACUCCCCAACAAUUAAUUCAACAGCAACAUGCCCACCAACAGGCAAUUCACGAAAAUGAACAGUUUGCGUUGGCGUGGCUGAGGGCCACUUACGAGCCCUGCAACAACAGUAAAAUAAAUAGUCAGGAACUUUACAAGCAUUAUAUCAAUUCGUGUACAAAUAUCGGCAGACAGGGUGUUAUAUCUCCUCUACAUUUCCCCAGAUGUGUUAGGUCCGUUUUUGGAGGUACGGUCGGUCCUAAUCCCAUGAAGCCGAGCAAUCCCAAGGAUCCCCAAUUUUACGACGGUAUUAAGGUGCGAGAUCACCCACUAAUAAUCAAUGUUCCACCAUCUUCCCCGGUUCCCUCUCCUCAGCCAACCCCGACUCCAAAGUCUUCACGACGGAAACCCAAACCGAAAGAAACCUCGAAAACCCCACCCGCAGUUAGUAAACCCCCAUGUAGUACCACCCCCUCCAUCACCGUAACUCAGUCUCCGGUGAAUAGCUCGCAGGGUGUCGCAACAGCUCUAGCUUCCAAAGAUAAAAGUAUAUCGCCCCCCGUUCCCCAGCCUCCUCAGCUCUCUCCAGCCCUUCAGGUGGAGGCUCCCGAGGGCGGGGCCUCUCCCGCCUCCCCAAUCCUCAAGGCCCAGUUGAGUGCUCCCCCAAAACAAAGAGAGACGUCGGCUACAUCCCUCAGUUCGGUCCUUAAUAAAACCGAUCCGAAAAAUCAGGCCUUAGCACAUCCUCAUUUGAGCCAGGCUCUCUUGGGCAACACCAGCACCAGUACGACCACAUUCACAACGACAACGUUGAUAACAAAUAAAGAUGGCAGCCAACAACAGAUCAUAUCGAAUCAGCAAGGAGCUAACACAUCACUUAUUAAGAGUUUGUUGGCUAAUAAGGUAAACGAAUGCAUGACAGCAGUGAGCAUGAGGACUGCAGAGUGCCAAAAAGUAGUUCAGGUCGCGGAGAGGCAACAGAGGCUCCUGGCUCAACAGGGUCAGACGUUUGUAAAUAAAACGCCCGUGAAGGCGGAGCAACAACAGCCCAACGUGAAGUUGAACGGCGCCAGGCAGCUGUUCGGCGACGAGGAGGUCGGCGAUCCGUCAGUUUCGUCGACUACCCCGUUCGCGAACACCACCAAAGGUAAAAAGGAACCGCCGCAGCCGCCCCCUCCGCCACUAGCGCCGCUUACGGCCACCGCGCAGCUAAGGAUGGUCAGGCCUCCGGUCAAGGUCGACAACGAGGACAGCGAUUCUAUCGGCAACAACUCGUUGGCCUCGAGUAUCGUCGGAGUGGGAGGCAUCUCGUCCACGGAGGACGGCGAUAAUUCGUUGACCAGCUUUGAAGGCCUGUUGAACGGAGUUCCUAACAUCGAUAACCCCCUGAACGAAGAUAGCAACUCCAAAGACUCCACCGUCGAAAUAACGAGAGGCAAGCCGUUGAGGUUGGCCGAUUUACUAGAGAAAAAAAUCGAGAAGACUCCGCCGGUCAUCAUCAACGGAUCCUUGGGAAAAGAUCUGAAAAUAACUGCCAAGGGCUUGGAAUUGGUGGAAAACCACAUAGAAAAGGCGUUGCUCAGAGAUAAGAACACCAUAAUAACGAAAACCGAUCCGGAUGUCAAACAUGAAAUUCAGUCCGGAACGAAAAGACCCGCCACCGAUGACAUUUCCAAGGUAGAAGCUAAAAAGCCGUGUAUUGAAAAUGUGAACGGAAACGCGCCGUCUCCCAAUCCGGAUUCUAUGGAUGCAAAACAAGAGGAAGCGGACGAAGAUGAGCAGAGAGGCAGCGCAAGGGUAUCGGAUGCAGCGGCCAAGCUGUUCGCUGAUAUUGCAGCGGAUAUUUUGGAAGACGAGGACGAGGAGCAACUGAUGCAAGAAGCGCAACAACCAGCACCGGCACCUAUUCCAGUUGACAACUCCAUAGGUUCCAAUCCGUCUGUUGGGCAGCUGGUUAUGGAUAAUGGAACGGGUCAGAUGCUCAUCACGACCCAACCUAGACAGAUAAUCGUGUCCCAGCAAAACGCAUCCAUGAAACAGGCGGCCGUGGCGCAGCCCCAACAGACGGUCAUCGUACAAAAUUCCUCCCAGCAGAGGACGCCGAUGAUGCUGCAGCAGACCAACUCGGGACAGAUUCUGCUGUCGCAAGGGCUACAGGGUCAAGUACAGUUCGUAACCAGCGGUCAGCCGGGUCAGCAGUACGUCCUCCAGACUGGUGGUACGCCCGGCACGUAUAUGGUGGCGCAACCGCAGACGGCCAUGGUACACGGGCAGCCGCAGACGGUGCUAGUCGCGCAAACGACACAGCAGCACGCGACUGGUGCCAAAACGAUCAUUAUAUUGCAGCAGCAACCGGCCUCCGCUAACGCCUCUCAUCACCAAAAGGUCAUGGUGACACCUCAGGGUCAGCAGGUUGUGGUGACGCAAGUUCCAAGGCCAGUCAUCCACACCUCUGUGAGCAACAUCGUCCAAACUUCCACGGUUAUAAAAUCGAAUCCGGCAUCGAUAAUCACAACGUCGACCACUUCAUCGCCGGCGAAUUCCAAUGUGGUAGCGUCCCAAACCACCGCCCAAGUCAAACAAGAAGAUCUGAAAUCCAAAAUCGUCAAGGGAAGGACUGCCAAAGAUACGACGCAACUGUUCAUUUGCGAAUGGAUAGACUGCUCGGUGACAACAAAAUUCAAGUCGGCCAACGAGGUAUAUCUUCAUGCCUGUGAGGCCCACUGUCCCCAGAAUAACGUCGAAGAAGUUGUCUGCCAGUGGGAUCGCUGUGAUAAUUUAAGAAGGAAGAAAUUUUCAUUGAUGACGCAUCUGCAUGAUAAACAUUGUAACUUAGAGGCUAUGAAACAAUCCCUAUUGAAGAGAAAAACGCAACCGACUGUUGGUAAACCUGAACCAGCAGCUCCUCCAGUAAGCACCUCCCCCCACCCUGGUUACGCUCCUGAUGCGGCUCUGCAUGCCAUCAAGAGGCAUGCGCUGGAGUUCGUCAACCCGAAGGAACUUCAACAAAAACAGACCAAACAGAACACGCUCAGCAGCGUUACUGUUAUUGCAGCACCUAAGGUUGUUCCACCUUCAACUGAUCAGGAUGACAAUGAGGGGCCAGUGACGAAAAGUAUUAGAUUAACUGCAUCACUAAUUCUAAGAAAUCUUGUUAUCUAUAGCGGGAACUGUAGAAGGUACUUAAAGCAUUACGAGUCUCAUUUAGCGAAUGUAGCUCUUAGUAAUGUCGAAUCAUCUAGAACCAUAGCCCAAAUUUUGUACGAUAUGAAUGAAGGAUCAAACCAUAGGUGACCUAAUCAUCGAAAACAUAAAUGAACAAUUGUGUUAAAAAGUACGGAUCUCCAGUGAUAGUGUUUGGGAAUUGAACAGAAACUGAAAAACUGUUCUGGGAUGCCGAGUGAUUGUGGUAAAGAUAAAACAUUUAUAAAUAAGCAGUCUGUAUAAAUUAUUAAGUGUACAAAUAUAAUUUUUAAUAGUAGGUAACUAAAACAAAAGCCUAAUUGUUAUUUUUAUAUUAAUUUUCUAGUGUAUUGAAGCUUUUUCAAGAUAAGCAUACUACUUAGUUAAAGAACGAA